CACACACACACACCUCAGCUGACAUAUAACAAAAGGCAUUUGAGCAUGCAGUGAAAGAUCAGUCCCUCUCUGGCUGGUGAUACGGUGGUGCAAAACUUCUCGCCAUGUCUCCGAUGCGCGUGCUUGGAGACCUCGUGUCUCCUCCAGCGCAUUAAAGCGGGUAUCUUUCGCUCCUCGGGUAGGUGAUUUCCGGUGAAGAUGCUGAACGACUCGGCAGCGGCGGCAGCGGCGUGGUCGUGCGACCCCGACACGCUCCACAACGGCUCUCUGCCCUGCGCAAACCUCUCGGCGUCCGACGGCGACGCGGCGGCGCCUUUUACGCACGUCUUCCCCGCCGUGUACGGGCUCCUGUGCGCGGUCGGCGUGAUCGCCAACGCGCUCGUGAUCUACGCCGUGGCCACGUGCAAGAAGCGCAUGGUGUCAGACGUGUACGUGCUGAACCUGGCCGUGGCCGACCUGCUCUUCCUGCUCGUCAUGCCCUUCAACAUCCAUCAGCUGGUGUGGGAGCGCCGCUGGGUCUUCGGCGCCUUCAUGUGCAAAGCCGUGGUGGUGGUGGACGUCAGCAACCAAUUCACCACUGUGGGCAUCGUCACUGUGCUCUGCAUCGACAGGUACAUUGCCAUCGUCCAUCCAAUGUCAGAGAAUCGUACCAUCCAGUGGACUGUCAUCAUCAACCUUCUGGUGUGGCUUGGCAGUUUCCUGCUCACCAUCCCUGUCAUGAUCUACACCAAGGUAAUCUCCAAGGAGCAGUCGAGCGUGUGCAUGAUGUACUUCGAUGGGCCCCAGGACAUGUACUGGUACACCCUGUACCAGUCGAUGCUGGGAUUCCUCGUGCCCCUGAUUAUCAUCAGCACCUUCUACUCGCUCACUCUGUACCAUGUAUUCCAGUCCAUGCGUCGGGUCAAACGCAAGCAGUCUCAGUGGGCCAAAAGAGCCACCAAGAUGGUUUUGAUGGUUAUUGCGCUCUUUUUGCUGUGCUGGACACCGUAUCACGUGAUCCAGGUCAUCAACUUGGGUAUCCAAAAGCCCUCGCUGGUCUUUGUCUACGCCUACAACAUCAGCAUCUGUCUGAGCUACUCGCACAGCUGCAUCAACCCACUCAUGCUCCUGAUCUUUGCGCAGAACUACCGCGAGCGUCUGUGCCGUCAACGUGAAACACGUAGCAAUAUGUCAAAGACCACGGUGAAGACAGAAGGAUGCUCCAGCAUGAGUCCUGAUACUGCCCACCGACUGACCAUUAUAUAGCUUCUGUACAUUUUUUUUGGAACCCUUACCAACCUAUAACAUAAGAGUCUUGGUGUCAGGAAGAACCCAUUCCUGCUUCACCAAGAAACCCCUGAGGAACCCUUAUUUAGUAAAAGUGUAGCUCUGUUCUACACCAAUUCAACACAGAGUGUAUAGAGAUAAAACCUAAAACUGUUUGUGCUUUUUGCUCCAAUGCACUGUUCGAACCUUCUCAAGGUUUGUUCAUUAUGGAGCCAAAUCUACAUCUGGAUUUUAGUAAAGCCACUUUGUGACACUGGUAAAACGUGGGCUAUAGAUGCAACGCUUCGACUUAUCAAAUCUGGGUGAGGUUGGGACGUGAAGACUGAAGAAGAAGGCAACCGUUCUGAGAACCAGAAUAAACCAUCAUGUUGGUUGGAAAGUAAUGGAAAGGAGCUGGGGACGCAAUGGAAUAUGGCAGGAUUAUGACAAAUUUUGGCAAUUGAUUCUAAGAAAUAUGUUACUGGACAAUACCUGAACCUUCAGAAAAACAAACAGUAAUCAAGUUAUAUUUCUGAACUAAUUAUCUUAACUUGUAUAAUUGUUCGAACCACUUUUGUGUGUUCUUGCUCCAAAGAUCAUCACGUGUAAGUCAGUGCAAAUUAUUGCUUGCAAAGAAAAAAUGUGCAGGUUGAUGGCUCAUGUUUUAUGGUUUAUUCUAAAGUUGGUUUUAGGAUUUGGGCACUUGGGAAGUGCAAGAAAGGGGCAGAAAUAAAAGUGUGUGAUAAGGUCUUUAUUUUAGAGAAUCAGAAUUCAGGCUUCAGAGGGGUUGAUAUAUGCAAAUAGAAUCAGCAGUGAUGACUCACACUUUGUAAAUGCAAAAAGAAAAGUCCAUGCUGAAUGAUGAAUGUUUAUAAUUAACAUGGUCUUCAAUAGUGACAGAUAUAUUUCAUGGCCUUUUUUCAUUUCAUUCAUAUGUUGGGCUGUUUUCAAUUUGGUUAACAGUCUCAUCACCCACAAUGCCAUUAGAAUACCUACUAAUUGAGUUGCAAUGGGAUUCAACCCUUAUGAUGCAGCGGUGCUUUAAUCUUUUACCUCUUCUAGCUUUCUCACCUCUGCAUCUAUACACUGUACCAAAGCUUUAAAUUUCAUACUAAAAUAUACAUAAAAUCCAUCACACUCACCAUUAUAUCGAUCUUGACCCAAUACAGAGUCUGGCCUCAUAUAGCAACAUUGCAUCAGCAUUUCUACUAUGUCCAUUACUCCUUCAUCAUGUUUUUUUAGAGUCCUAAUCCCACACACCUCCUCACCAUCAUCUAUCUCUUGCUAUGCAAAUACACCAACCAGGCAUUACAUAAUGACAGUAUAAUCUUAUGAGCUGUGAAGUGAAAAACUGAUUAAUUCUUCAUCAUGGCACCUGGUAGUGGGUGGGAUAUAGUAGGAAGCAAGUGAACAUUUUGUCCUCAAACUUAACGUGUUAGAUGCAGGAAAAAAGGGCGAGUUUGACAAAUUGUGACGUCUAGACGACUGGGUCAGGGCGUCUCCAAAACUGCAGCUCUUGUGGGAUGUUUUGACUAGAAAAGUCAGGUGUCUCAUUUUUUUGUGUAUUUCUACAAUAUGGUUUAUUUGUGAACUGUCUUUAUUACAGUAUUUCAGAUAUGCAUGUUAUCAUAUGUACUCACCACAAGCUUGAUAUACAUAUUGGCUUUGCCUUUUAUACAUGCACUUGUAAUCACUGUGACUAAAAUUCAGAUAAAUGUUUGGUUCAGCAUUUGAAUACUAUGAAGUGGUACAUGGGCUACUUUCACUAAUCCUUGAAGUAAGAAAUAAAAAAAUAAAAAAAUAAAA